AUGUCGGGCUUGACGCGAUCGGAGCAUGCUCUGAUCCCAGAUGAAGCCUUUCAGAUCAAGCCAUGCAAUCUGACGGAUGCAGAUAUGGAGCUGGGAGCUGGUGAUGCCUGCUCACUUUUAAUUCCUGAACGGCUAACUGCCUUGGACAGCUACUCGUUUCCGGAAGUUUAUCUCCGUUGCAGUUCAACAGCAGCUGCUCGAAAGUCAUUAGACUCCGUCAGCCUUGUCAGUCAGCCACCGCUUUGGCCAGAAGAGCCAAAGGAAGAGCCGGAAAUGCCACCAAACCCUCAAAAGAGACCUAUGGUGAGUUCUCGAUACCUGGAGUUCCGGGAAAAACUGAGACGCCACUCGGGUCCAGACCUUGUGCCCGAGGUGCCACCCAACCCGGCCCACGAAAUGGAGCCACUGCAGCCGUGGCCCAACAGCGUGAACCCGCACACGGGGGAAGUUGGCGGUCCGGCGGGUCCAGAACCCACGCGUUACGGCGACUGGGAGCGUAAGGGACGAGUCACGGACUUCUAACACUUCUAGGGGAAAAUCAAAUCUUCACCUUUACGCUUGUGUUUGGACUGAUUCUGAUUUAUUAACCAUGUUAACAACAGAAGC